CUGAUUGUCUUGAGAGUUUUGAGUCACCGUUUUGCCUUGUUUACAUUUAAUGUAAUAUUUACCAGAUAAAUCCAAAUUGAUUUCAUUUCCAACUUAAGUGGCAUGUUGUUCGCUUUGUCAAAAAUUGGUUUAAGUUGUUUUCGUUUAGUUUAAUUUACUGAUAAGACAACAAUUAACAUACUAAAAUAAUGGAUCGUCGUGGCACAAAGGUUGGAACUGGUACUAAAGCUUUGGAGUACUGGUGCAAAAUUGUAACACAAGGAUAUAAUGGAGUUAAGGUGGAGAACAUGACGACUUCGUGGCGGAAUGGACUUGCUUUUUGUGCAAUUAUACAUCACUUUCGACCGGAUCUUAUAGAUUUCGAUCGAUUAAAGCCAACCGAUAUUUAUGAUAAUAACGACUUAGCCUUUACUACUGCUGAGAAGCACUUGGGAAUUCCCGCAUUACUUGAUGCAGCUGAUAUGGUUUCGUAUGAAGUACCUGACAGACUAUCCAUACUAACGUAUUUAUCCCAGUUUUAUAAGGUGCUUGGAAAGAGCCUCAAGCAUCCGAAGCCAGAUGAAACAUUUCCUGAGGAAAGUGAGCCCCCACAAAAGAUGAUGCAUAUUGUGGGAAUGCCCCGCAGAGAUAAGUGCCAGAAAUGCGAUCUUCCGGUUUUUCUGGCCGAAAGAGUCCUCGUCGGAAAACGGGCUUAUCAUCGAACAUGUUUGAAAUGUGCAAGAUGUUCCUCAUUGCUCACACCCGGGAGUUUUUAUGAAACUGAGGUCAAUAAUAUAUAUUGUUGCGAGACGUGCCCCGAUGAAGAAAGUGAACCGGAAAGCGACAUUGUAAAACUGAAGACAGCCAGUAUUGAUACUACUAGUGAUCCAAAACCUGUACCGGAAGCUCCUGAUUAUUCUAAUAAUCAACAAAAAGACUUGGAAGUAGAUGCAAAACCUGUAUCGAAAGCUCCUGAAUAUCCUAGUAAUCAACAAAGGGACUUGGCCUCUUUAAGUACACGUGAAAAGGUUUUGAUCUUUGAAACACCGUCCAAAAUAGAUAACAAAUUAAAUGAAACGGAUAAGACAAUAAGUAUUGAACAAAAUGAUGAAAGGACAGUUGAUCACUUAAAGCCUAUUUUACAAGAGGUUUCUAAUAUAUCUACUGUUCCUCUAGACGAAGAGGAUGGUGGUCUUCUUGAACAAACUGAUGACCAAGCAGAAGAUCCUAUUGAGCCUGAUUUACGUGAGGAUCCUAAGGAUUCUACUAUCUUAUUAGGCAAGGAAGAUGAUAGUCUUCUUGGAGAAGCAACAUCUUCGGACAAACUAGAUGAAAAAGAAGUUAUUAGUUCCAAUAAUACGUCAGAACUCAUUCCAGAACCACAAAAUGCUCCUAUCUCGGACGAAAAGACUCAAGAAGUCAUUAAACCUGAAAACAGUAGCACAGAAAAUGAAAUUUUCUCAAAACCAGAAACCUGCUCUAAGCAGGAAGGUGAUAUACCAGAACAAAAAGAUCUCGAGUCUCACCAAGAUAAUAUAAAUGAGACUAAAGUAGCUGAAACAGAAUAUCCAGAGGACUUAAAUCCUUUUAAGGAUGAUGAUAUAUGCGAGGGUGCCAACCCUUUCGACAGCUCCGACGAUGAAGUGGAGCUUUUAAAAGGCAUUCCAGCCCAUGAACGCAAAGGCUCGAUUUUAAAAAGAGUCAAAGUUGUCCCUCCCCGUCCACCUCCACCUAAAAUAGGCCUAGCCGUAUCUAAACCAUCAGAGAAACAACAUUCCAGCCCUACACCUUCUCUAGGGAAAAAAUUGCCGAUGCCCACACCCAGAAUAUCUAUAUCUAAACCGCAGACUCCAGUACAAUUAAUGACUCACCGAGGCCAUACAAGUAAUAUUUCGUCUUCGUCUUCGGAUCAUUUGGAUGACUUGAAAGCAUUUGACCGUGGUGCAGAUGACCGUAUUUCAAGUAUCUCUUUGCCAUCAGAUAACGCCCCACGCAAGCCACUUCGUGCCGCAGUUGGGACUCCACUAAAAAGUGAAGAUUCAAGUCCCACUACCAGUCUUAGCUCUAUUACUUCUCCGAUGCGAAAGAAGCGCCAAGCGCCCUUGCCCCCAAAACAGGGCGACUUUGAGAGUGAUCCGGGUUUCAGUAAAUUAUCUGAUGAACAAAAGGCCAUGUUGCAUAAUAAUCGCAAUACUCCAAGUCAGAGUGAUUCGACUAGGAGAUUAAUACCUCUUGACCAGAGCUUGCUCUCUGAUGAAACAACCGAGUCGAGUAAUUACGAAGAUAGUUUGAACACUUCAAAUGCAGAUGAAGAGGUAAAUAUAGUAUAUCGACGUAUUUUGGUUCCACCAACUCAGCCCGACAACACAAUUGAUCGAGGCAAAGAAGAUCAAAAGUCUCCGAUCGUUUAUAAUGAUUUCGAUAGCAACGUAAGCCCAUUAGGGUACAAUAAAUCUACUCAUGGUAAAUGGAAGAGACGGAAAGGACCAGCCCCAGCGGUGCCUAUACCCCCGCGAAAAGUUUUACAACGGCUUCCGCUUCAAGAAAUUCGACACGAAUUCGAAAUUAUUGCCGUACAACAGCUAGGUCUUGAAAAACAAGGUGUUAUUCUCGAGAAAAUGAUACGCGAUCGCUGUGAACGAUCUUUAGAUUCAGAAUCUGUUGAUUCCGAAUCAAUCGACUCUCAGAUAACUAACUCAAAGGAAGUAGAAGAUCUUAUUCUGCAACUGUUUGAACUGGUAAAUGAAAAAAACGAAUUGUUCCGCCGUCAAGCGGAGUUGAUGUAUCUUCGGCGGCAGCACCGCUUGGAACAGGAGCAAGCUGACAUUGAACAUGAAAUUCGAGUAUUAAUGGGUCAACCGGAGCACAACAAAACAGACUCCGAUAAAGCUCAUGAGGAAGUAUUAAUAAAUCGCCUUGUAAAGGUAGUUGAGAUGCGUAACGAAGUAAUUGAUAGCCUUGAGACGGAUCGAGUUCGUGAGGCACGAGAGGAUAUGAGCAUUAAGAACCGACUGCAUAUUUACAAUUCGGAGCGCGAAGAACCAGUAGACACGAAAAGCGCAGACAAGUCGUCAAAAAAAUUGUCUAAAAAGGAACGAAAGAAACUUAAAGAAGAAAGUAAAUUGGGCAAGGGAAAGAAGUCGGAUCUGGAUAAGGAUGUGGACGAGUCAGAAGCAACACCAGCUUUGGAUAAGGUUAAAAAGAAGAGAAACUUGUUCUUUUUAAAGAUGUGAAACAGGUGGGGGAAUACUUUUGUAUGCGUUGAACAAUUAUAUUUUAUUUUAUGUAUAACCUAUUAAGUUUUUCUAUUGCCAUAAAUGAGCAUUUCAAUAAAUACAAGAACUACA